AUGGAGCUAAGAUGUCGGGGUACGAAUUUGAUGGAGGAUGUAUGCUUAUGGAAGAAUGAAAAUGGGGAUUUCAAGCCGAGUUUUGUUACUUCACAAACUUGGAAUCUUAUAAGAGUCAAGGCGCCUGAAGUCCAAUGGAGUAAAGCUGUUUGGUUUCCAGAAUCUACUCCGAGGUUUGCCUUUCUUACUUGGAUUGCGAUUCGAAAUAGAUUGGCGACAGGAGAUAGAAUUCUUAAAUGGAACCCGCUUGCAGUUACUACUUGUUGGUUAUGUAAAGAGGAGAUGGAAUCAAGGAAUCACUUAUUUUUUGAUUGUUCUUACUCUAAAGAAGUUUGGAAAGCGACUGUGGGGAAGUUGAUGAGUGAGGAAGGAAGCUAUGGUUGGGAUCGAGUUUUGCAGACUAUAAUCCAUGGGCUGCGAGAGAAGAUACAGACUAUGCUGCUGAGAUAUAGUUUCCAAGCAGUGAUUUAUGCAUUGUGGCUUGAGAGGAAUGCGAGAAGGGUGGGGGAGAAAGAACAACCAGCCGCUUGUAUGAUUGCUAGACUUGAGAAGCUGGUGAGAAACAGAGUGACUUCUUUGAGGAAAAGAAUGAAGCAAAGUAUGAUAGGGCAAUGGUGA